AUGAUGGAACUAUUUGAUGAUACAAAAUUUUAGGUCUUGAAAGCGCAUGAAUUGAGAUUAUUGACGAAACCAAGCCUAACGAUUACCAAUUUAAUUAGUACUCUCUUUGAUAAAAUAAAGAGCGAAAUAUCUGAGCGUAUUUGAGAAUUAUUAAAUUAUUUAAUUAUUAGAGAAUCAGUUAUGAACAUGGAGACGCCUGAAACAAUAAAAGUUUCAAAAACUAAUAGUUCUAAUUCCAAUCGUUUUUGUUUGAUUACAGAGAAAAUAGAUUUUAACGAUCCUAAACCAUUAAUUAGAUUUAAGACUCUAUUGGCUCAUUAAAUCAUUUAAAAGUGA